ACUAGCUGCACAUUUUUCCUCCAUCUGUGCACUAAUGGUUAUAUUUUAAACAAAGGGGAAACUUAAAUUCUUUUAUAUUAGGAAGGGCAACCAGAACACUCUGAGCUAUUACUGCCUUAGUCUGUAGCAGUUAAAUCAAUGGCAUGAAAACAAAUGCGAACAGUAGAAACAGAUCCAAGUUCCUUAAGUUUCAGUUUCCCUGGCAGCGAUUAGUUCAGCUUUACUUGUUUAUAUUGUUCAGAGAACAGAGCAUAGGUUUCAUUUUCUAGUUUCCAUUUACUUCACUAAACUGCUGAGGAACAGCCCUGAUCACAUGAUGCUAGAAUGCAUAUAAAAAGGAAAGAAACAACAGCCACCAUCAGCAUCCCAGGCUAGUAAGAAAAAAAGACCAGGCUACAUUAUAACAGCUGACCAGCGAAGCAAGGCCAUGAGCAAUAUUUCCAAGAAUUCUCUAAAAACUGUCUUGCUGCAACUUGAAUGUCAUUUUACGUGGACUUUGCUGAAGGAUGAUGUUGAUCUUGAUGAUUUAGAGGAAACAAUUUGUGCUCAGAUUGAGUUUCUAAUCACAAAAUCCAAAAUCACAAAUUAUAAUCUCCUCUCUUAUGUGAAACACAUGAAAGGCAACAGCAAGGAAGCCCUGGAAAGUCUGCAAAAAGCUGAAGAAGAAGUUCAAACAACUUAUGGAGAUGAGGUUGACAGGAAAAGUCUUGUUACCUGGGGGAACUAUGCAUGGGUCUAUUACCACAUGAACCAAUUUCAAGAAGCUCAAUCCUACAUAGACAAAGUAGAAAGCAGCUGCAAAAAGUUGUCAAGUGCAUCUCGUUAUAAGAUUCAGCUCCCUGAGAUCUACUGUGAACAAGGGUGGGCACUAUUAAAGUUUGGAGGAAAGUAUUAUGAAAGAGCAAAGAAAUGCUUUGAGAAGGCACUGGAAGAAGAACCCAACCAUCCAGAAUUUAAUUGUGGAUAUGCAAUUGCUGUGUAUCGCCUGGAAGAUUUUUUUGCAAAAGGCUCUUCUGGUGAGGACUCCUCAUUGGAACCUUUAAGACGUGCAGUAAGUCUGAAUCCAAAUGACACUUUUGUUAUGGCACUUCUUGCACUGAAACUUCAGGACAUAGACCAAGUUGAAGAAGGGGAAAAGUAUAUCAAAGAGGCAUUGCUAAAAACCCCAAAUCUUCCCUAUUUAUUGCGAUAUGCUGCAAAGUUUUACAGAAGAAAGGGACUAGUGGAUAAAUCACUGGAGUAUUUGAAAAAGGCAUUGGAAUUUACACCAACCUCUGGUUUCCUACAUCAUCAGAUAGGUCUUUGCUACAGAACACAAUUGUACCAAAUGAAAAAGGCUACAAAAUAUCCACCUAAAGAACAGAUGGAGCAAUUGAUUCGAUUAUGCAUUUUUCAUUUUAAAAUGGUAGUGGAACAAAAAUCUAAGUUUAUGUAUGCCCAUAUUGACCUUGCAAUGAUGUAUGCAGAAAGAAAUGAGUAUCAAGAAGCGGAAGACAUCUUUCAAAAAGUAUUUAAGAUGGAGAAACUUACUUGUGAAGAGAAGCAACAACUCCACUACCGCUAUGGACGCUUCCAAGAAUUUUACAAAAAAUCUGACUCUGAGGCCAUUAAACAAUAUACAAAAGGACUGAAAAUUGAGAGAGACUCUCAUGAAAGAAGCCUAUGUAAAUAUGUUUUGAAAAAAUUAAUAGAACGGAGAAUUCAGAAAGGCUGCGCAGAUGCUCAGAAUUUUGGUAUUCUUGGAUUCAUUCACCAGCUGAAUGGGGAGAAGCCUCAAGCAAUUGAGUGUUAUGAGAAAGCCCUGGCAUUGGAUCCUGAUAAUGAAGAAUACUUGAGCGCUCUCUGUGAGAUACGACUUUCCAUCUAAAACUUUAACAGCCAGCAGAGAAUCCAUCUAUGUAGCUACCCAAUAUUUGUAUUUUAAAAAUUCUGUAUAACUUCCUGCAUUAUUUUUAUGGUAGCCUGAAUUCCUCACUUAUACAAUACUUGCAUUGGGACUAGGCCUAUUGUUUGGACAUUACUUGCUAUCAUGUUGGGAAGAAUUUGUAAUCCUACUUUACAUCCUCUCUCACACCUGUGAGCUAUAUUUAUGCUGAUAACCAAGAAGUAUCCUGCAGUGCAUGAGGUGAAAGUUGGUAGCAUCACUUGCUAGUGAUCAUGUAAAACCUGGAAAAUGAUGUUUUCUAACUUGCAUAUCGCCAAGUAUUAUGAUUGAAGAAAACAUAUAAUAGUAAAUCUGUCUUUUGGUUCAAUUUAAGAUUUCUGUAGAGGUCUGUUUUUGUUUUCAUUUAUGCUCUUAGAUACAUAGCUUCAGCCUGACUCCUCAGAACAUGUAGCACACUGGGGAAAACAGGAGGGUUACAAUUUAUCAAGUGUAUGUGAGUUGUGAGUUCACACUGUUUCAAGACAUCGGAUAAUUCCAGCCUAUAAGGGCAGGAAAUAAUAAUGAUAUGCACUGGAUAUUACCAAUGGGUUUUAUAGUUUUGGACAAAGUGAAUUUAUAUUGUUAUUAAAAUGCAUACUUUGGAGCUAUAUUCAGAACUCAGUAAAGGUUGUGGAUUUUUUGUGAGUUUGGGGAGGCUAUAAACUUGCUUAAUUGACUGUGUUUGUGGUAAUUGUUUAACUGUGAAGAAAGAAGAGUCCUGCUUAUAUCUUUUUCCAAUUAGACUCUGAUAAACCAUGUACUACUUUCACUUUGCUGAUUUUUGUAAAUUAUUAAACUGCAUUGCAUCAAUUAAAUCUUGAUAUAAAGGA